ACACCACAACUUGCAUCUCAUUUCUCAAUUCUCACAUUAUUAUUCACAUCUCCAUCUAGAUCUCUCUCUCUCUCUCCCAAGAAAUUCAUCAACAGACUUGUGAUUGAUUUGAAAUUGUUCAAGUGAUCUAUCAAGAAAUUGAUAAUUCAAUGGGAAAGUACGAAAAAGAGCUUAAUCUCGAGGCUACAGAGUUGAGAUUGGGGUUGCCUGGAAGCGAUGAGCCUGGGAAACGUUCUAUUGUUAGAAGCAAUAAGAGAUCUUCAACAGAAGCAAGCGAGGAAGAGUGCAUAAGCAAGGGCAACAUGAAUUCUAAUGGUUCUGAUAUCACAAGUGAUGACCAAGACAACCUUGUGCCACCUGCAAAAGCACAAGUAGUGGGAUGGCCACCGGUUCGAUCAUAUAGGAAGAAUACUCUACAACAAAAGAAAGAGGAACAGGGUGAAGGGUCUGGGAUGUACGUGAAAGUUAGCAUGGCAGGUGCACCUUACUUGAGGAAGAUAGAUCUAAAUGUUUACAAGAGCUACCCAGAACUUCUCAAGGCCUUGGGAAAUAUGUUCAAGUGCACAUUUGGUGAAUAUUCAGAAAGGGAAGGGUACAAUGGAUCUGAAUAUGCUCCAACUUAUGAAGACAAGGAUGGGGAUUGGAUGCUGGUUGGAGAUGUUCCAUGGAACAUGUUUGUGUCAUCCUGCAAGAGACUGAGAAUUAUGAAAGCAUCAGAAGCAAAGGGGUUGGGUUGUUUUUGACCAAAAUAAAAAAACAAAGCAGGACCAUCAUGCAUGCCCAUAUCCAAAACAUGGAGCAAAGCAAUUUUCAGUGACGUCAUCCAAGAGAAUUUCUUCUGUUUGGAAUAUGCAAGAGCUAGGCACUUGGCCUCUGUGAAAUGGUUAUAUUUAGCUUAUUAAAAAGAGAGAUGCACAUACACGAUUUUAUUUUCCCUUUAUUUGUUUAUUUCAAAAGCUAGGUGACUUUUUAGACCUGCUUAAUUAAGUAUACUAUUCCAAAUUCUCAAUGCCUAAACCAGAAUUGAAAACUGUAAUGAUGAAAUGAGAAGAAAAUAAAAAGCAAAAAUGCUAUUUUAAUUGUAUAGACUAUAUAUAUAGAGGAUAAACAUAUAUAUGAAAAACUACUUUCAUUUGUCAUGUGUCUGGGUUACGUACAAAAUAUUAUAUAUACAAAGGGAUCAAGAAGGUGGAACUUUCAUUCUCCUUCUCUUGCAUUUAA